AUGUUUCAUACAACUGUUAUACUCAUUCUAUGUUUUACAUUUCUACAAACAAUAUCAAGUCAAAAUUUAAAUGGAAUAUUUUUAAUUGAUUCAUGUGAAUGUAAUUCUUCAACUGAAACAUGUGAACCAAAUGGACCAUUUAUAUUAAAUCAAAAACGAUCAACACUUACUGUUAAAUAUGGUUCAGUACAAAUUGGUGUUGGUACAUUAGGAAAUAAUCAACUUGAUUUAUAUUUAAAUCAAAAUCGUUGUAAAGGUUUAUGGAAUGGAAAAACUCAUCUUGCUGAAUUAAAAUGUCAACAUCAAGGUGGAAUUAUUUGUACAACAAAACUUCGUUGUUUAUCAGGUUCAUGUCUUGAUGAUACAUCAAUAGUUAUUUCAUCAGCUUCAAUAAAAACAACAAUUUCUUUUCUAUUCAUGAUUGGUAUAUUAAUCAUGUUAGUUUAG